AUGAUGUCUCGUCAAAUUUUGAUUUUUGUCUUAUUAAUUAUUCUGAACACUACAACAAUAGUAUCUGCUGUUCGAUGUCAUAAUGACAACUGCUCUAUCAGUCUUAAUUAUACCACUGAUACUAUAAUUGACACAACAAAUUGUACAUUUACUGUAACUGACGCUUGUUUCACGUCAUUAUCGAUUAAACUACACUCAGGUGAAGGUAGUUUUUCAACUUAUCCCGCUAAUGCCGAUUUAACUCCAAUGUUUCUACUCCAUAACCGAGCAUUAGAUUCUCUAACAACAGCUAUCUGGUUUCGAAAGAAAUUAAUGACACAAUUGUUCACCUACACAUGCACAAGUGACUCGUUCUGUGGUGAAGAUCGUGCUCAACAAAUUUAUCAUCAAGCUAAGAUGUUGAACUUUGACUCAGUAUGGAGCAAUCUAGCUGAGUCUCUGCAUCAGUCUUCAACAAAUAACAAUCCAACGUGUAUGAAUGAACGAAAUGAAGCAACGACCUGCAACGGUGGUGUCUGUCAAGCGUCAUUCAGUAGUGAGAGUGAUGUCAUAACUCGAGCGUGUGUCUCGCCGCGCGGAACAGUUGAUCCGACUGGUCUUAUAAUGUCAACAUCUAAUGCUGCUAGUCUUCAACUACAAAGUACAGUGAUCUAUUCAUGUAACAAAGAUCGAUGCAAUGAUGAUACAACAAUCAAUCGUGUCAAACAAAUAUUGAUGGAUAGCAACUUGUUCAACACUACAAAGCCAACAAUAAUCUCUAAUAGUGCUGUUGGUCAUUACUCCUGUUUUGGUACAUUUACCUUUCUUAGUUUAUUGACCUUUGUCGUCUGGUAUUGA